AUAAAGUUCUGGAGAUUUCACUAGCAUCCCGGAUUAAGUAUUUCGUGGCCCACUCAUUUCCGCCAGCAGAAUGUAUAUGUGUGUGUAUGUGUGUGGAUUUGAGUGUGCAUAAUGUGUGUGUGCCCAGAAUCUGCUCAUUUCCGCUCGCCUGCCAAAAACAGGUAAAAGCUAGCUCGUAAAGCUCACGGUGAAAAAUCCAUUUGCAGUGCAUCAGUGCCCGGGAAAAACCUUUAAGCAAACAGCAGGCGAAGUGAAUUAACCAUAAACAAAACCCCCCAAAAGCAAACCAAGCAAGGCAAAAGCGCAAUUUAAACGUCUCUGCAUAUUAAUCAGAACGUGAAACGUGAACAGGAUCAAGUCCUAGACAACUUAUCACCGAGGAUUUACGCAGACAGACGCAGGACGCGAAUGCGAAAGCGAGUGUAUAGCAAAAGGCGUCGCUAAUCAACGGCCAAAGCAGACGACAUUCUUCUCCACUGGCCACGCCCACCUUCCCCAAAAAACCAGCAGCUGGAGCUGGAGCAGGAGCCGCCUCAUUUGGCCACUGCGGAUUAUGUUAAUUAGAUUUUAAGCACGCGACGACAACGACGCCAGGGGAGCACUUGACAAUGUAAUGUGACAACAGUUGGCUAAAAACAACAGGACCAAAACAUCGGCAUCAGGAGUAGCAGGAAUGCUCGCUUUUUAAUUGACAUUUGCUCGAGUUGAGUUGCGUUUUGUUCAACAGCAAUUAGCAUCACGAAAGUAGCAGCAAAUAGCAAAAAAAAAAAAACAAAAACACAAAAAAAAAAACAAAGGAGCGCAAUUAAAAUUGUAAAACAAUUGCAGAACAGAACGUUAAACUGAAAAAGGGGACCCGGAAUAGAAUGAUCAAGUUGAUUUAAUUAAAAAUUCAGCAUCAGUGUGCAAUGGAAUUCGAGCAGGCAGCUUGAGCAAUGGCCGCCGGACCGGAAACGCAGCCAUUGCCCUCGGGCAGCAUCCGCCUCUGACUGCCGCCGACACUUGUCACAUGUUUGGCCAAAAAGGCGCGCACGUGACGCCCCAACGAACCCGGUGAGCGAACGGAUGAACUUGGAGGAAAUGAACGAGCCAGCACCAGCACCAGCGCCAGCAGCCAUAUUCAAAAUUGAACGUUAAACGUUCGCACGUACCGAGCAUAAAUUCCAAGUGAAAUAAUAGGCAGAAAAAAAAAAAACAAACACUCACCCCGUAGACCUUCCAAUUUAAAGCGGGAACAGGAAAGCGAGGCGUAAAAUGGUGAAAAUCGUGAACCGACACUGUGAUCUAGGCCUGGCCCUGCUCCUGGCCUGGAUAUGGCUAACCAGGCUGCUGGUGGCCGGCCAGCUCGCGGUCGAGGCGGAGUUGCCCUCCUCAUCCCGCCAGGCCGCCGAGCGGGAGGAGCAGCAGUUGUCCCUGCAGGAUGUGGGGGGUCUCAGCUACCAGAGCAUCCACCGAAUGCUGAGGGACGAGAACGAACCGGCCAGCUUUCGCGGGGAGCUGCGUUACCAACAGAAACGCCACAAAAGGGAGCUGGAGCUAAACGCUCCGGCCAACAAGCUCAAUCUCACCCACCGCGACUUGAGAUCAUUCAACGGCAGUGGUGGUCAGUGGAGGGGCGACUUCCAGGUGAUCACCGCCAUGGAUCUGAGCAGCAAUCAAUUGAGCACUCUUAGUUUGGACAACUUCAGCCAGCUGAGGCAGUUGGAUGUGAGCAAUAAUUCCCUGGAGCUUGUACCGCUGAGUUUGACCGAUAACAAUAGCUCACUUUCCCUCGUAACACUCGAUCUUUCCUGCAAUCGAUUCACAAAAAUUUCCACAAGAUUCUUUGCCCAGCACCUGCCUCAACUGAAAAAUCUCAACUUGGCUCACAAUCAACUGCUAAACAUUUCCCGGGAAUCCUUCUACAAUCUACUUGAGCUGCAAACCUUGAUUCUUAGUCACAACCACAUCUCGGAUAUCGACUACGAGACCUUUUUGGCUCUUCCGAAUCUGCAACAUUUGGAUUUAUCCUACAACCGCUUGAGUGGCUCUGCCAUUCGAGCUCUGCAGGGAAUACCGGACCUAGUCAGCCUUUCCAUCGCUUACAAUCCGGAAGUGGGUGUUGCGAUGCAGGAGUUCGUCGCCUCCUGGAGUCUCAAGGAGUUGGAUGCCAGCGGCACUGGACUCUGCCAAGUACCAGCGGCUCUGGCGCAAUCGGUCAGGACCCUCAAGAUGUCGGACAACUGGCUCAAGGCCAUCAACUGCGGCGACAUGGACAGCUAUCCGCUGCUGCAGUACCUGGACCUCUCGCACUCGCGCAUCGCCCAAGUGGAGGACGAUGCCCUGGGGCGAUUGGAGCUCCUCGAAUCCCUUUUCCUGGAUCACAAUCUGCUUAUGCGAGUGCCAAGCAGCCUGCCACCGUCGCUGGAACACCUGUUCCUGCAGCACAAUCAGAUAAUGGAGCUUCCGCCGCAGGCUUUUGUGGGCCUGGUCAAUCUGCAGACCCUGGACUUAUCCGGCAAUCGUUUGAUCUUUCUGCCGGCCCUGUCGCUGCCCAAGCUGCUCACCCUGAAUCUGCAAUCGUCCGGCGUGGAGAGUGUUAGUCAGUCGAUAGUGCACACACUGCCGCAGUUGAGGGAUCUUUUGCUGGAGGACAAUCCCAUCAAGUGCAGCGAUUUGCUGGGCAUUGCCGAGUGGGCCAGUCCUUGCAGGUCAGUGGAUGUGGGUCAGUCGAUUGGAAGGAGUGCCAGUGGGCAGGUGGACCUGAAGGCGGAGUAUCUGCAGUUCCACGACUUUUACGAGAACUUCAGCAGCCGUGAGUGCGGCGAAAGGAAACCGGAAAACGACACAAUGCCGCCCUCUUGCAGCAUUGCAAGUGCAAUGGCAACAACGCCGAAAACUAUGUCAAAAGUUAAAAAGUCAAAGGGAGCUGACUCGGCAGCAACAUCAGCAAAAAAAGCAGCAGCAGCAGCAGCAGCAGCAGCAGCGGCACAUACACCAGAAACACAGGCAGCAGCAACAGCAGGGACAACUACGGCAGCAACAUCAGCAAGCCCAACAGCAAGACCAGCCGACACACCAGCAACACCAACAUACCCAAUAGCAGCAAUGCAAUCAGCCGGCAACAACGUUGCCCAGUUAACCACAAAAACUUUGCGGCCAACAGAAACAACUUCGUUAGAGCCGGUGCAGCAGCAGCGGCAACAAAUGCCUGGCAUUCCGGCCAAAACAACAGCAAUGCCGGCAAAGAACCUGCCAAGUUUGGCCCAGACAAAGGCAACAACAGCGGUUCACAUUUUGGCAACGCCAGCAGCGGCAACAGCAACAACACCAAUAAAUUCCAACAAGCCAACAACCGGGCCAGCGAACAUUAGCGGUGCUACAAAAACAGCAGCAACGGCAGCAACGGCAGCAACGGCAGCAACAUCAGCUACAGAAAUUGCCGAAGCAGCAGCAACAGCAGCAAUUGAAGUGCCACAAACAAUUUUGGAUGGUAAAAAAUCUGUCAAAAUGCCAGAGGAUAAAAACCAGGAGACUCUAUUAAAAUACCCAACCAGCGACACAUCCGGUCAAGUAGCAACACCGCAGCAUAAACAUGCAACAUUGCAGCUGCAUGUUAAGGAUCGCCAUCUAAUUGGCACACCGCUGCUGAUGCACAAGGGCGAUGUCCUUUUGGUGGAUGCCGAGCAGUUGUUGCUGCCGGGCACGGCCACCGUGGCGGAUGCGAAUGCGGAUGCGGAAACGGAAGUCUUGGACGCGGGCCAACAUGUGCUGGCUGAGCAGGAAAGACACCAGUCAGCGGCUGAUAAGCGACAAGCGGAAGCUAUAAACGGCGACACAAAGUCGCCGCCAAAAAGCCACAAAAAGAAGCCAUCGCUGAGCAUCAAGAAGAUGACCUACAGUACCAAACAUGCGGCAAAAACAGCAGUGGCAGAAGUAUCAGUCACAGCGAAGUCGACGCAGCACCAGCACAGCAGUGUCAACACACCCAAAGAGGCCUCCCCCGAGGAACUGAGCACCUUUGCCCAGCUGAAAGCCUACGUGGAACUGAAAAGCGAAUCGAAACCGGAACAUCUGAUGGACCAGCGAGAGGAAAACAUGCACACUCUGACAGGAAAUCAUCCGGGCGUUAUGUUGCUGGUGGCCUGCGUGUUGUUUAUCGUGCUGCUGGCCGGAUUGGCCCACGUCUAUCGCUGUGAACUGCCCUGGCAGAGGAGCAAUCGCUCCGGACAGUUGCGACCGCAUCAUCAGCGGCAUUUAAACGAAACGGACGAUGUGCAUAGCUUCCUGCACUAUCAGGGAUCCGUGAAUUCCGCGGGAGAUCCCGCCCGCCUGCAAAAGUGGCACCACAGCACCCGGAGAGAAGCUCCCUACAGUUCCCCGCUGCACAAUUUGCAGGCUCGCGAGCUGCAACAGCAACGCUGCCAGCAAUUCUACAGCUCCUCGCUGGCGGACAGGAGCUCCACCACCGCCUCCACCUCAUCCUCUUCGGGCAGCAGUCGCAGCAGCUUGCACUCGCCCAGCAGAGAUGACAGCUACUACAUAGAGAUGGCGCCCAGUAGUCCGCCCGCCACCCUUCCCAGUUUGCCAAUGGAGCUGCUGGGCAGCCGGAGCAACGGAGGAAUCGGUUGUCGGGCGGAUCGAGUGGCUGCCACCGAUCUGGGCGGCACGACGGCAGCGGUUCCCUCACCGGCGGCAUCCAUUAGGUCUGUGAGCAGCAGACUGAUGGCCCCCAGUUCGCGCAGGCUGGGCAUCUGGUGACAAACAGUCUUCGGCCAGCGACAAUAUGCGCCCUUUCAGUAGAGUAAUAAAGUAAGUGCGUCGGGGUCCCUACCGACAAUCGUUCAGCUGCCAACCAAAUCAAAUGAGUCAAAGAGAUCAGGCUAAAGACAAAGUAUAGAAAACAUCAUCACAUUUUUACUUGCCAAAAAGUUUAACAAUUUAGAGAUUUUUCUAAAUGAAGCUCUCAAAAAUUUUGAAAAUAUACAUAUGGAUUACUAAUAUUUUAUUGAUUGUGAAUACAAUAAUCACUUUUUUUAAUUAAUAACAGAGAUGUUAUCAGAUUCCAGGCUAUUUUUUCAUGUCGUCUAUAUAUAAUCAAAAUUGCAAUAGAUUAAAAAUAAAACUCACAAGAGAACAAAACUGGGUACACAAUUGCAAAAAGGAAAUAUAAAUGCCAGCCCCAGUAUAAAAUAUAUAUUAUUUUGACUUGGCUUCUAGCUUGAUUUAUGAUGCCUCAGUGCCCACACGUUGCAAGCCUCUUAGCGAUUCGGUUAGCAGCAACAAUUUGUCAUAAAUUCAUGUUACGUAUACGCCGCAUGUAACCGGGCAACGGCGGCAAGGCGGCAAGGCGACGAGCGUAGACAAGCGGCCAAGCCAAAUAGCCAACGCCAGCAAAGUUUUACGAGCCAUCCGAAGUCGAUGUCCAUCUUGUGGUUGUAUUUGGGUCAGUUUACUGGCCAAGAGCACCGUGUGCGGGCCAGUUAACUUUAUAUAAGUGCCUGUCCGUUUGCCAAGAUUAAGUGUUUUGAUAGUCAUGCAUAUAAAAAUGAAAUAUCGAUCAAGUAUUAAAUAACAAUUUAGUUUAUGACAGCCCCAAUUCAGUAAUCAGAAGUUGUGGCCGCAGAUGCUGAGCCAGGCGGAUAAAUCGAAGGAAAUUGGUUGAGAGCUAAUUCAAUAUAGGAGUUCAUUCUGAACAGGGAAGUAAUUUAGACUUUUUAGUAUCGUAUACAUUCUUGCUAAGAAAUCUUGAUAAGAAAAUGAUCAACUUUUUUAAUAUAUUUUCACCGAAGAAAAGAAAACACUUUUGCAACUAACUAGAAGGAUUUAAUAUUGAAUGAUUACAGAAGAUCAACUUUUUUAUAAGGUUCUCUGUGUGAGUCACAUUCAAAAGCCCAACUUUCAAGCCUUCUCGGGCUUGCCUUUAUUAUCCUUUAAGCCUUUCUGUUCCCCCAUGUUUGAUGCUUGACUAGAUCUUAACCUACUUUGCCAGCUGCUUCAGAUUCCAGAGUUUAAAUUGCAAUCUAAUUAAACUUUCGCUUCUGUCCACCCACCCUCUGAAUGUAAGAAGUGUUUGCUAUCUGCGCUGGCAUCUAGCAUUCUUCACCCCAUUCGAAGAUGCUGGGGCGGCAGGACCAAAACACCCUCCUUCAGAAUCAGCCCGCACUUAACCUCAUUUUACAAAUUGACCAACACAACAUAUGGUGUAAAUCCAGCCCAAUGGCCAGACAUCUAAUCCGCCACGCCAAAAGUGAAAUGUUGUAAAACUAUUUGGGGGCUAUACGUACAUGUAUCUAACGGACAUCAAAAUAAUGUGGCAGCAAAUCAAAUUACAAGACACACGGCUGGCUCUUUGAGGGUGGAUAAUGGUUAGGGGAAUGGCCAAAGCAACGGCGUUCGCACAUAGAACACAACAAUUACAUUAAGACACGAUAAAAAGUUGUGCAACAAUCUAGCGACCCCAACCACUGAACUAAACCCAACUACGCCGAGCUGAAGAUGCCUCCCCUGAAGGACGAACCACAGUCAUUGCACAGCUUUUUCAACUUUUUGUGGCUUUGUAAUUCGAAUACAAGAAGAAGGCGCGUGCUCUCGAGCAGCGACAGCAACAGGAAACAGUCGGAGAAAGUGAAACAGAGAGCUAGAUUCGGGUUAGAAUGCACUCAGAGAAAUAAUUAGGUCUUAUGGACUUGAAAAGGGUGCAUUUAAGAACACCUUUUAAUUUAAAGUCUUUGGGAUUAUACAUUUUCUAAAAUAAAAGGUUGUUUCAAGAAAUUCUAUACCUAUUUCUUACAAAUUUAAUUUGUAUUGGCUUGAAAUGUAAAGUUUUAAAUGAUUACUACUAUAGGCUAUUUUUUCUAACCAAAAAUGUAGUUUCAAGUUGGUACUCACAUUUUCAUUAACUUGUAUUUGCUUGAAACAUAAAGAUUUAAGUUUAUACUUCUUUAUCAUAAAAUCAACAAAAUUCAAUUAACUAUAUGAUGUCUGUUUAGUGAGAGAACAAAGAGAAACCGAACGAUUUACUUAAUGUAAACAUUUCUUUAACCAAUUUUGUGCAAGUGCAGAUAUAUAACAUUUUGCGGGGCAGGGGCUUGGGAGGCGUUCAAGCAGAGUCCGCUUAAGCAAUUCAGAAGGAUUUAUUUUCGGCCACAAAAGCGAAAUGCCCGACAAAGCGCUCCGAACAACAAUUAAAGUAAUGCUGACCAACAACCCACGCCCGAUUGGGUGGGAUUAGAGGGCAGGCGAGGCGGGAGGUCCUUCUUCUUGUGUCCAGUCGAGUGGCGUCCGAUGCCAGGACGCACAAAAUCUUAAUUAAGGAACUUCCAAGUGGGCAAGUGGCAAGUGUCGAACGGCAGUGGGAGGCAUUUUUUGAGAGCUUCGCAGGGAAACCUUUUUAUUUCUGGCCUGUCAGCACAGCACAAAAUUCGCCUACAAAGGAAACCCUACGGCACAGUGGGUGUGCGGGGCUUGAGUGACCCAGAGUCCGGUCGGACUUGGUGCUGGAGCAUUGUCAAAUUUAAUGAAGGUUUCCUUUCGGACUUUUUGCUUAUGACACUGGCCAGCUGGCCAAGAUUUAGGGAGUUUUCCAGCCCGACGCGGCGCAUUUGAGGCACAGCACUGAAACUGAAAUGAGUUAAUUCGAUAUUUGACACUUUCGGAGCUCGCAUUCCACACAAUCUCGGUGUGUGAUGGGAUCCAGACCCAGGGCUCAGGGAUCGGGGCUUUGUCUCCCUGCGCAGUUAAUAAAGUUGGUCCGGAGCAGAACGUAAUUAUUUGCCUGCUAAAUGGCUUUUGGACGACAUUUCGGGGCCCUAAAUGGGGGCGAUUUAGAAAAUUAUGUGAAAAUAAGUUGCCUUUUGUUUGGCCAUUGGCCAUUGGCCGUUGCCUGUUGGCAGUUGGCGGUUGUUGGGAUCGUAAAUAACGUUCAUAAUUGGGCAGCCUCGAAAAGUUGUCGGCAGAAGGGAAAAGUGAAAAGGCAAACAGAACUCGAAAUAAACAUCUCGGCCGUAUGGAUAGCAAACAAUAAUUAAACUUAAUUGCGCUGUACAUUGAAACGUCAAACUGUAAAUUAUAGUUAUUAACAUUUACUUGUAGCGAAGUUUACUUGAACUAACAUUUUAAUUCAGAAUAUUGCAUGUACAAUUUCCAUAGAAUAUGUAUGGUAUUUAAAGUUUACCAAAACAAAAAGAUUGAAAGUAAAAUAGAACAAAUUCGAGUAACGUUAAUAUUUGCAUUUAAUUUGUCGAGAAUCAAAGUAAAAUGCGAUAAAAACCCACAAUAACAACAAAAACUAAUUGCCAAAUAUUUGACGUACAGUUUGUAGCGUUAGCCAUUAAAACCUUUAUGUGUACGGUUACAGAUACAUAUACAAACAGAAACAAAGAAAUGACAAAAAAUGAGAUACACAUUCUAGCGUAAAGCCGAGCAAAUAAUUAUUAAACAAAUACUUCUAUUUACAAAAACACAACAAAUAUUUAGUUAAGCCAAAAUGACGCGCAGCAUUUUAAUUAAACAACGGAAAAUCGAGAGCUCUCAAAAACAGAAGCGAAUUGCAAAAAUUGCAAUAAGUAAAGGUAAACAAUAGUUACAGCAUAAUUUCCAAUGUGUAUUUGUAAAUAGACAACUAAAACCGAUUGUGAAAAUAUAGAAAAAAAACUGGGCAGACCAGCGAGCAAAAAAAGAGUAUUCGAAGUAGAGGAGAAGUUCCAUAUAUAAACAUAUAUAUUUAUGUUAGAUUUAGUGCUGCCAAAAUCGUAGCGUAAAGGGUUGAUAAAGCAAAAUAAAGUAUGUAUGUAUGAAAAUUAAAAAUAACACUAGUGUUAAGUGAAAUGUAUUAUUGAUAUAGUAAAUAUUUAUAGCAAUUAAAAGUGUAAAAUAACAUGCAAAAAUUUUAUGAAAUCUUCUUGAAAACCCACACAAUUUUAAUGCAAGCGAAAACCCGAAAAAAGUGAAAAUAAUAAAAUUGAGAAAUUUAAUUUGAAGAGUAAAAUCCCCAUGGCAUCA